AAAUCAAAAUGGCAGCGCUCAUGAGAAAUGGCAUUUUGUAUGCAAAAACUGUCAAUCUUUUACCAUCGAUGAGAAGUUUAAGCUCUAAGAUAGCUGCAAAUGUGAAUGAUCUUACAGAUCAAACUGCGCUAGUUGAAGAUGACGAUGAAUUUAAACCAGAUCCUAAAUACCCCCGAAUUUCAACAAGGUUCCCCCCAGGAGACUGGAAAGGGAUGGACAGGUUGUUGGCCUGGAAUUGGUACGGCUAUCAUCUACACUUCAAAAGAGUUAAGGGACCUGCCACUAGCAAGAUCAGACGCUUGAACCAACAAUCAUGCACUACAUGGGCCUUCCCAGCCAUCAACAAUCAGCCGGGUGCCUAUGAAUAUCAACAAAAGAUAACUAACACAUAUUUGUUGGGAUCUAAGGAUACAGGGAUAUUUUUACCAGAUUUGUAUCAGUCUGUUGAUGUCACUGAAGACUUUCCAGCCUUGAAAUCUGCCAUUGUUGAGGCCAUUGAGCUAGAAAAUGAUAUGUACAGACCAGCCCAAAGCAAGUUGACAAAUGCUAACCGCUACCUGCAUUUCAGAGCUUGCUUGAGAAUGGAGGCUAUUGUGAAUACCAUUUUAGCCAUGCUUGGUGCAAAGUAUCAGCAUAUUGGAAACUGUUCAGUAGACCGCUCUGUAAAAGUGGAAGCAUGUUUCAAUAGACACAAUGUCAAAAGGGUUCAUGUUCCCAGAAGGUUCAGGAAUCCUCUUAAGAGUGACCUGCUGUACAAGCAGAACAAUGCACCAUUUCAGGGAACAAAUAAAGUGGAUUUUCAAUUCAGGAAAUCUUUGCCUCUACCAAAUUUUGUGCCUAUCGAUUCGGAGGCAUGUAAGCAGGCAAGGAACCUCCAGCCGGAGUAUAACCCCAUGGUCCAGGGACAGUUCUCUCGUAGAACGACACUAAACAUCACCCCAGGCCACAACAUUGGUGAUGAAGAUUUUUUCACCAACCUGAGUGUAAUGUGUGCUGGGCUGGAGAAGAUCCGGGAGUGUCACGGGGAGGAGACCUGGAAAUCGACACGCUCAGGGCUGUCCCUUGUCACCGGCUUCCUUGCCUGCCUCUCACAGGCACAUGCAGUUGGUUUCAACAUGCAUGAGGAGCUAAGAUACCCCAUAUCAAGUCAGACAAUUCUGACAGAUGGCCGUACCUUUGAAUUUUCUGGCUACCAGCUGAACACCACUCAACUUUGGAAGCCUCCCUCAGCCAACCGAGUAUCAAACGUGGCGUUCGUCAACCCCAGGGAGGAGCUAUACAAGGACUUUGAACACGGCCGAGUUGUAGGCUUCAAUGACAAUGUUCUGAAGACUUUGUUGAAAUAUUUCUUGGUCAAGCCAACUGACUUAGAUGGUGCCGAGUUGCUUAACUGUGUGAAACCAAAGGGAAAAUCUAUCGCAAAUUACGUAAAGGAUAAUGUUGUUGUUAAAAAACUGCAGUAUGACCAGGACUAGGAUUAAUUGUAAUGAAAAGUGCCCUGUUGUAUGUGACUUGUUAAAAGUUAGUAUCAAAUUUGUCUUUUUUAUGUCAGAGCAGUUUGUUGUUCUAUUGAAUUUGUGGGGAAAUUUGAAAGUUCUUCAUUUAUGAUUAACACAUUAAAAAUUUAAGCUCAAAGGUCAAACUUCAAGCCCAUUAAGACAUUGUUACAGUUGUUAACAUUUUUUUUCUUUGGCAGGAAUUUCAAAUCCUCUGCCUGGCACCUUUUCAACCACAUUCCCCCGUAAAAUAAUUUUUUAUUCCCCAACAAGGGUCAAAAUUCCCCAGCAGGAAAAGCAUUGACAAAAAGUCCUCUAUUUUUUAUGACCCUUACAUUCAUAUAGAAUUAAGAUAAAGGAAGAGCAUAUUUUUUUCUAAAUACCGGUACCCAAUUUUGUUUGAUAUAUCUCAUGUCAAAAGCCUACAGCUACAUUGUUACAUGAUGAGGUGAUAAUAAAGACAAGAAAUUGA